AUGAGAUUUUUCAAAUGUGAACGACGAUAUAGUUCUAUCACUGUAGCUAUUGAUCGUUUAUCCAAUCUGCAUGAAAUGGAAUGGUUUACUCUUCAACAUUUGAUGGAAUCUAUAGCGAUACAAGAUCAAGGACCUAAAGAAGCAGUGGAAGUGAUUCAAAAACGAUUGAAGAAGGGUACAUGUCAACAACAACUUCGUUUGUUAGAGGUCUUGAACUACUUGGUGGAAAGGAGUCAUCUUCGUGUCUUGCAUCAGGUUAUAGUGACUUCAAAGUUAAAGUCAAGAUUGAAAUGGAUCAUGAAAUCAAAAACAGAUGUCAAAGUCAAAGCUAAAUUGUUAGUUAUGUUGGAAACAUGGGUGGAACAGUACAAGCAAGAUGAACCAAAAAUAGACAAGUUUUCAUCCGCUAUUUUGGGUCGAAACCAAGUACAGGAAAAGAUAUGGUUGUAUGCACAACAAAAUGGAUUCAAUCAACAUGACUUAUCCACUAAUGAUCAAGGAAAACAAACCGAAAAAUCAUUGAUGGAUUUAUCUCCACACUUCUUGUAUGGUUUUCCUCUGUUUUCCCGCCGUUAUCAUCAUCUUUCCUCUAGUCGACAUUCUUACAUCUUGUAG